UCAAGGGUAAGCGUCAUAAGAUUUCGUUUCACGUCAUGCCCGGCAACGCCCUAGAGUUUGUGUAGGCAAGAAGAAGUGCACACGAAGAUCUUUUGUAACAUCAAAGGGAAAAGAGAAACGCCGUUCACUGGGGUCCUUAAAACAGCCUCUCUAAACCGCUCUGCUGGACUGUGAGAUUCGCUACGCGCAAAGGUAAUACUGACAUUUUUAAAAAAUGCGUGAAUGCAUCUCUAUCCAUCUGGGCCAGGCUGGCGUGCAGAUUGGAAAUUCAUGCUGGGAAUUGUAUUGUUUAGAGCAUUUAAUACAGCCUGAUGGUCUGCUCAUUCCAGAGGAGGCAGAAGGAGGACCCGUUGACGAUUCAUUUAAUACAUUCUUCAGUGAAAUUGGCGAUGGCAAGUAUACACCUCGUUCAGUAUUUGUUGAUUUAGAACCCAACGUUAUUGAUCAAGUCAGAUCUGGAGAAUAUCGUAAGUUGUUUCAUCCGGAAUGUUUAAUCAGUGGUAAGGAAGAUGCGGCCAAUAAUUACGCGCGGGGCCAUUAUACAGUCGGUAAAGAAAUUCUAGAUUCUGUCAUCGAUCAGAUAAGAAAACUGACUGAUAAUUGUGAAGGUUUACAAGGCUUUUUCGUGUUUCACAGUUUUGGGGGAGGUACAGGAUCUGGAUUUACAUCCUUGCUUAUGGAACGAUUAUCAGCAGAUUAUGGAAAGAAAUCAAAACUUGAAUUCGCUGUGUAUCCAGCACCACAAAUCUCCAAUGCGGUUGUUGAACCUUACAAUUCUAUUUUAACAACCCACACAACUCUGGAACAUUCGGACUGUGCAUUCAUGGUAGAUAAUGAAGCUAUUUAUGAUAUAUGUCGCAGAAAUCUAGGUAUAGAGCGGCCCAGUUACACAAAUCUGAAUCGUCUUAUCAGUCAAGUGGUAUCCUCUGUGACUACAUCGUUGAGGUUUGAAGGAGCUAUGAAUGUUGACUUGAAUGAGUUUCAAACUAACUUGGUACCUUACCCUCGAAUUCAUUUCCCACUGGCAACCUAUGCUCCUGUGAUAUCAGCUGACAAAGCCUGUCAUGAGAGAACUACAGUAGCCGAUAUGGCCAACGCAUGUUUUCAGCCGUCCAAUCAAAUGGUCAAAUGCGAUCCAAGAUGUGGAAGAUAUAUGGCAUGUUGUAUGCUUUUCCGAGGAGAUGUAGUGCCAAAGGAUGUUAACUCAGCAAUCGCCUCUAUCAAAGCUAAACGAAACAUUCAGUUCGUAGACUGGUGUCCAACUGGAUUUAAGGUUGGCAUCAACUAUCAACCACCAACAACAGUUCCUGGGGGUGAUCUUGCAAAGGUCAACAGAGCUGUCUGCAUGUUAAGUAAUACAACAGCCAUAGGUGAAGCUUGGUCGAGACUUGACCAUAAGUUUGACCUGAUGUACGCCAAACGUGCCUUUGUUCAUUGGUACGUCGGGGAAGGCAUGGAAGAAGGAGAGUUUUCAGAAGCUCGAGAAGAUCUUGCCGCACUAGAAAAAGAUUACGAAGAAGUCGGCCUAAACUCUACAGAAAGCGGGGAUGAAGAAGAUUUAGAAGAGUAUUAGUCUGCAGCACUGAUUUUCAAUGGGCGGUAGUGUAGUUUAAUCAAAACAAAGACAAAAACUUUUUCAGAAUUGUUUUAUUUCUGCUCUACUUGGCAAGUACUUAACGGGAUGAUUCAUUUGCAAAAACAAUUUGUUGAUAUCGCCAUUCAUAUGGAAAAUGUGGCCAUUAACAUCAAUGUAUGGUACUCAAUGACGGUCUUUGUAGUGAAUUAGUUAUAAAUAUUAUAAAAACAACUGAAAUCAAACCAGAAGGCUAUAACUAAGGACACUAUACAUCUUAGUGUUAGAUCUAAAUUGUGAUCGUUAAGAUUAGUAAGUUUGACUUCACAGUAUAUGUGUAGAUCUCUUCUAGCAAUACAUGUGUUAGCUCUCUGUAACACCAUCAAAAUAAACAUCAUGAUUGCUAAUGAUA